UCCUAGUUUAUUUCCGGUGGGGCAGCCAUCCAAGGGCUGGAAAAAGAGAAUCGCAGAGUUUUGACGGCUGUCUAUAAGAAAAAUUGUAAGCUAGGAACGAAAAAUAUAGACAGCCUUUAAACAUCUAAGGUCUCCUCAGCAGGUCAGCAUGGCGUCCGGCAGCUCGAGCAGCGAGGAAGAGAGGAGUCUGCGUGAGUGUGAGCUCUACGUGCAGAAACACAGCAUCCAGCAGCUCCUGAAGGACUGCAUCGUGCAGCUGUGCACCUCGCGGCCCGACCGGCCCAUGGCCUUUCUUAGGGAGUACUUCGAAAGGCUGGAGAAGGAGGAGGCCAAGCUUCUCAGCCAGCAGAAGUCAAGCUCUCGCUCCGACUCUCGCGAGGAGGAGGUCUCUCCGCCCAUGAAUCCAGUGGUGAAGGGCAGGAGGCGACGCGGAGCUAUCAGUGCCGAGGUCUACACCGAGGAGGACGCUGCCUCCUACGUCAGAAAGGUUAUACCUAAAGAUUACAAAACAAUGGCAGCCCUGGCUAAAGCAAUUGAAAAGAAUGUGCUCUUUUCCCAUUUGGAUGAUAACGAGAGAAGCGAUAUCUUUGAUGCCAUGUUCCCUGUCACCUAUAUCGCUGGAGAGACUGUCAUUCAGCAAGGUGAUGAGGGUGAUAACUUCUAUGUUAUCGACCAAGGUGAAAUGGAUGUCUAUGUGAACAAUGAGUGGGCCACCAGCAUUGGCGAGGGAGGCAGCUUUGGGGAACUCGCCCUCAUCUACGGGACCCCUAGAGCAGCCACUGUGAGAGCAAAGACCAAUGUCAAGCUUUGGGGAAUCGACAGGGACAGCUACCGGAGGAUACUGAUGGGAAGUACUCUGAGAAAAAGAAAGAUGUAUGAAGAAUUCCUCAGCAAAGUAUCAAUUUUAGAGUCCUUGGACAAAUGGGAGCGUUUGACGGUGGCUGACGCCUUGGAGCCUGUGCAGUUUGAGGAUGGGCAGAAGAUUGUGGUCCAAGGAGAGCCCGGAGACGAGUUCUUCAUCAUCCUUGAGGGUUCUGCAGCCGUAUUGCAGCGCAGGUCAGAGAACGAGGAGUUUGUGGAGGUCGGACGACUUGGGCCCUCCGACUACUUUGGUGAAAUAGCGCUGUUAAUGAACCGGCCUCGGGCGGCCACGGUGGUGGCCCGUGGCCCACUGAAGUGCGUCAAGCUUGACCGGCCUCGCUUUGAACGCGUCCUGGGUCCAUGUUCAGAUAUUUUGAAACGAAACAUCCAGCAGUACAACAGCUUUGUAUCACUGUCUGUCUGAGCGCUACCAGCUCCUUCCCUACCUGCAGGGUCCACCAAUGCAAUCCAGUCUGCUUUUAUGUUACCAUUUAUUUGUUGAAUGCAUUUUACAUAUAGUGAAAUAAUUUCAUAUGUUCACUAUGCCUCUGCUACCCACCAGCAUACCUGCUUUAUCUGUCUGUUUAUAUGUACCUAGUGCAAAAUUUGAAGACUUUUACAAGCGUUUGAUCCAUAAGCUUUCUACAUGGCAGAAUAUCUAGCGUUUUUUUUUUUUUUAAUAUAUUUUAUUUUUUUUUAUAAUCCAAAAAGGAACAAAGUGAAGUCUCCCCACAGUUGCUUCUCUGAAUAGUGAUAAGGUGUUUUAAAGGUUGUCCUUACUGUACGAAGCUACUCUAUAACAGUUAGAAUUAGGAGAACAGCAGAUGUUUUAAAAUCUGUUCAGUGUUUCUAGACUACAAAAAAAAAUUGGGUUUGUAUUGCUGUUAAGUAUUUUGAGGUCUGGCAUAUGUUACAUUGGCUACUGUAGCUUUGUUUGAAGUAGUUUAUUUCAGGGUUACUGUACAUGAAGUGUGCUCUCACAAAUAUGGUGACCUGCUCAGGUCCCCUAAUUUGCACAUUGGUUAGUGUUUUGAUUACCCCAAUUUCUUUUUCGUUAUACAUACAAACAACACGUUAUAGUAAGCGCUUACUUUUCCUCCACUGCAUACUCCCUAUAAUUUGUAAUUAUUAUUUAGAUGUAUGUUUCGCUAAUGAAAAGAGAAUGCAUGCUAAAACAUCCCCUUCCUACUCCUCAUUUGUGGAUAUUUUCUGUUCUGUUCGCCUCAGCAUGUCACUUGGUUUGUCUGCCAACUCCCCAAAGCAGAAAUAAUGAAUUUGUAGAUGUAUAUUUGCUAACUUUAUGUUUCGGGAGCUUCAGAGAACCGUUACCGUGGAUGAGUUCAGCGCUUUUUGUGCAGCUGCCAUUUUGUAAAAGAGAGAAUCUGCUUUACAUGUGCAAAAUGUACGGCUGGUAAAUGUAUAUGAAAUUUAAUUUGCCUCUGGAGAGGAAUGAAAAGCAUGACUAGUUUUUUUUUUUGUUUUGUUUUUUAACAAAAUGGUGGAUAUUAGUGCAUGCAUAUGAGUUCAACUAUGCUAAAUUUCUAACUGAACAUCUGAUUUAUUUUUAUAAGUAUAAAUAUAAAAAAUUAUAAAAUCUAUGUUUUGGGGAGUUGCGUAUCCCAUGGAUGAAUACAGAAUAUUAUGGUCAUAAUUACAAAGCUUACAAGGCUAGUGCCAAAUACCACAAAUACCGAACAGAGAUUCAAUGCAGAGCCUGAAAAUAACUGAAAAGGCAUAAAAUAUAAACUUGUACUUUUGACAGGGUCACUAAGAUAUGUUUUUAUUUUAUUUUAUUUUAACUGAUUUUGGCCUACAGAAUAGGAUCUUUAACUGCUAUACAUCUGCGAGAUUUACCAGUGUAAAAUCUCAGAAAGGUUAGGACGUUCAGAUUAAAUGGUAAAUGCGCAGAGACUGUUUGGUGUAAACUAGAAUCGCGACACAAAAUAACUAGCUAAUAUUUUGCCUUCAGUUUAACUAUUUGUUUUAUUGGUUGUUUGGGUUUUGUCGGAAAAGAGUGAAUCACCCUUGGGAUGCAUCACACGUUGAUUGAGUUUAUCCUGUUGACCCCUAAAAGACAAAUUCUUGCUCAGUCUUAAGUGUGUUUCAGUAUUUGCCAGUUUUUGUUACAUUUCUCAGUAUGCACCAAAUGAUUAGCAGUUUAAACAUAUUCCACUGUUCUAUAACGUAUAUAAUCGCAUAUCUUUUUAUCGUUAUAAUUGUUACUCUUAAUACUAUGUAUAGCGUGAACUAGUAUAGGACUGUAGUUGGGAGUGACCACAAGCUCUGAGCAAGUAGUGUAAAGUUCAGACUUUUUGUAAAUGCUUAUUUUUCCAUGAAGUCUAUUAUAGAUGCCCAGUGCCAUGACUUAAAUAUACCAUGUUUGUUCUGUUUCCAACAAACAAAAUAACAGUAUGUUAGUUGUCUCCUGUAAAAGUGUCAUGGAUCAAUAUUUUCUAUUUAUUCAUGAUUGAAUGAUUUUAUUAAAUUUAUUAAACCGGAAGUGUUCAGAAUAUUUUUCUCUCAAGCAGCAUCACAGCAUGCGUCUUUAUUCAAACAAAUUCAAAAUGAUGCUCAAAAGGGAACCUCUCUAAAGGCACAUCAGUUUUAUCUCUGUUGAAUUGAUACAAACAUUUUGCAUUCUUGUUCUAUCAAAUCUGGCACAAUUACCUUGUGUUAUCCUGACAUUUGAUUUUUAAAUUGAUGUUCACUGCCUUUAGUACUUACAUUUAAAAAAAAAAAAAAAAACUUGUGAAAGUAAGAUUGAACGGGCUGAUAGGUGGUAUUUAAGUAUGAAUGCCCUACUCAUCGCUGUCAACAGCAACACCUGAAUCUGAAAUAUUCAAGUGAAGACCUGGGUGUGAGUUUAACCUCGUGUCUGCAUACGUGUGACUUAUGGUCGACCUCAUGCCUCAUAGUUACAAAAAAUAUUAAACUUAAAGUGUCCUGGGUAUAUGUAAUGAGAGCACCUGCUGUUGUGCUCAUAAAGUAAUGUCAGCAUCAGCCCAGCAAAUGGUGGGUAAUUAAAAUAAACUUUUGUCCAUUUGGCCCUGGACACUGGCUUUUUCACCUCUUACUUAAGCUGUAUUUUGCUUUUUCUGACACCCCCCCCCCACCCCAUUUUUGGACUCUUGUAUACCCCGUUCUUUCUGCGUAGCUGUUAUUUUCUUUUAAUUCGUCAAGAUUUAUUUAACUAAAGUUCUCUGUCACAUGCUCACUUAAUGGCUUUAUCAGUCCAGUCAGUCUGUGGAGAGUAUGUAUGGAUGCAUGUGUGUAUGUCCAUGUAUGUUUGUACAAAAAAACAACAACAUAGUCCGCCUUAGCUUGUGUAACCAGGGUGACGGUGUCCCUGUUAGCCCAAUCUUAAGCAGGCCCAUAAUGCCUGCAGUGAUGAUGAGCUGUCAGCCACCAGAGCACCAUUUUGUUUCUCUUGUUAUUCAUGACUGUGUACCAUUUGAUUUACUCUGUGUGCUUUUCCCUGUUCCUUUUGGUAUAGAUUGUCCUAACGGCAGGUCAAGCAAUAAAGACAUUUAAUUCUUAAAUCUA